UUCCGAGUCAUAAAGUUUCAUUCAACAUGAACGAAUCGUUUAUGACCUAGGCUACCCAUCACUAGAGAUACGCUCUUCGAGACAAAUGAUUCGCAAAGAUGGUUUCGAGGCUUCAGUAAGCGUGCUUCAAACGCGCCCAUCAUCUCUAGGUUGAGGGCAGUAAUCAGUGUUGCCAUGUCGGCAAUUUUCCCGCUGAAUUGGGCUACCUUUACACUGUUGCCGCGGGAUGAAUCAACCCCCCAAAAAGCGUGAUAUUUAGCCCCUGGAAUGCGAAUUUUACCGGGGGAGCUCCGCCAAAAACAUCGAUUUUACCCCCCAGAACGCGAUUUUUACCGUGGGACCCCCUCUUGAAAUGCGAUUGGACUAGUUUUGGGCUAGUUUUGAGGAGCAAUUGGCGUGUUUUAUUGUGAAAACCUGGCAACCCUGGCAGUAAUGUAGACUAACCGAGAACGCACGGAUACGCACGGAUACACACGGGGACUUUUGACAGCACCAUACAUUCGGAGGCAAAAGCGUCUUUCGAAUUGAGACGUCUUGUUAACGGGGCAUCCUAGCAAUGAAGAAGACCCCACUGAAGUGUUACUGCUAAAUAAUUCAUAUUUAAGCCUGCGAGGAGCCACGCGGGACUCUUUAAGAACAUCAUCAAAACAAUUCACCUUCAGUGAAGUGUCUCCCAAUCCAUCAAUAAAUGCUGGAAUAUUUUCAUCAGCCUACACGUGAAGAAGAGUGUUCAUGAAAGAACAGUGAGAACAUAAGUGAUCCAGAACCCUGCAGAAUGGAACCUGAACAAAAAGACCUGAUGGAAGAGAACGAGGAGAGUGAAGAACUGAGUGAAGCAGAAGAACAUGUCAAAACUCGCAGAAAAUCUUUGAGUCGCUCACAGACUGAAAGUAAUAUUUUAUUGAAAAGAACCAAAAAAUCUUUCAAAUGCCUUCAGUGUGGAAACAGUUUACCAUACAAAAGAAGUCUGAAACCUCACAUGAGAGUUCAUAGUCGAGAGAAGCUUUUGACAUGUGAUCAAUGCAGGAAGAGUCUCACACAAAAAGGAAACCUUAAGAAUCGCGAGAAAAUCCACUCACGAAAGAAGCCGUACACUUGUGAUCAGUGCAGGAAGAGUUUCACACAAAAAGGAAACCUUAAGCAUCACAUGAAAAUCCACACUGGAGUGAAGCCGCACACAUGUGAUCAGUGUGGGAUGAGUUUCACACAAAAAGCAUCACUUAAGAGACACAAGAAUGUCCACACUGGAGAGAAGCCAUACACCUGUGAUCAAUGUGGGAAGAGUUACAAAGAGGCAAGUGCUCUUAAAACACAUCAGCGUUCUCAUUCUGGAGAAAGAAUUACUUUUAACUGUAAUCAAUGCAGUAAAACAUUUAUGUGGGCUGCAUCCCUAAAGAACCACCUGAAAGUCCAUUCAAAGGAAAAGCCUCAUGUAUGUUCGUCGUGUGGAAAACGUUUUAGUCUGCCAAGUGCUUUAAAACUACACGAGAAAAGACACAGUGGUGUGAAGAAUCAUAUGUGCUUUGAUCGUGGGAAGACCUUUACUACUGUUUGUGAGCUGUACCAACACAAGAGAACUCACACAAAACCUUACAAGUGUUCACACUGUGACAAGAGAUUCAGUCAGUCAGGACAACUGAAAGCACAUGAGAGGAUCCACACUGGAGAGAGGCCGCACACAUGUGAUCAGUGUGGGAAGAGUUUCACGCUAAAAGUAGGCCUUGAUAGACACAUGAAUAUCCACACUGGAGAAAAGCCGUAUGCAUGUGAUCAAUGUGGGAAGAGUUUCAAAAGAAAUGGAAACCUUAAGGAUCACAUGAACAUCCACACUGUAGAGAAGUCACACACAUGUGAUCAGUGCGGGAAGAGUUUCAAACGAAAACGAAACCUUAAGGAUCACAUGAAAAUCCACACUGGAGAGAGUCUGCACACAUGUGAUCAGUGCGGGAAGAGUUUCCCAUACAAAGGAAACCUUAACAUACACAUGAAAAUCCACACUGGAGAGAAGUCGCACACAUGUGAUCAGUGUGGGAUGAGUUUCACACAAAAAGUACACCUUAAUGAACACAUGAAAAUCCACACUGGAGAGAAGCCGUAUCACUGCCCUCCCUGUGGAAGGAGUUUCACUCAUUUUUCUUCUCUACGCAGCCAUACGAAAAACAAAUGUCAGAAAUCACAGUAAUUCACGUUCAGAUCCAGCCCUUUCAAGUGCGAUGCUGCGUCCUCAGCAAACGGUGCAUGUGACAUGAAAAUCACAACAUCCAAAGUUGUCACAGUCAAAACAAAGUUCAUCUUCAAGACCAGCAGUUUCAACUCAAAGAUGGAGUUUCUCUCAAAAGAGUAUCAAAUGUUUAUUCUCAUUUUGCUUUAUGAUAUAAAUUAAAUCAUUAUACUUUUUUUUUUUGUAUUUUGUUCAAUUUGUUUAAUCUUCAUGUAAUGCAAAUGUAUGACUCUUAGUUCAUUUAAUCUCUUUUAUGAAGGAAUGUAGAAUUUUUUACAAAAUGUUCUUUUGCUCAUAUUAGCAGAAAGAGAGCAGCUGGAAUAAAGACAAGCAGCUCGAUUCAGCCUGAAACCUGUUCACAAGAUGGAUGAUAACUAUUACUAAGGUUUAAUAAUUGUUUUAAUUCUAAGAGAAUAGAGAAGUCCACAUCACAACUAUAAUAACGACACAGACAACAUCAUUGGAAUCACUAUCAGAAUUUUUUUUUUCAGCUGAUGAAAUGAUAAAAACACUGACAAUCAAAAACUACAUGACUUUAAACAGCUUGAGCAUUUAAAGCGGCAGGUGUUUAGAAUAAACAGACUGUUCUCAUCCGUUGGUGUGAAUGCUAAUAUAGUUAUUGUCUUUGGUGUGAACAGGCCUUUGUUUAUAUUUGAUAUGUUACUUUGUAGAAGUUUGAUUUUGUUGGGAACAGAAUAUUGGUGCAUUUUUCAUAAUCUGCCUUUGAUUUGGUCUCAUGGUGGUGACCGAUUGCUCAAGAAUCUGAACACUGCUGUGAAAGGAAUAAGUAUUCUGCAGUUACAGAUAAAAAUGGAAAAUCUGCUCCUACCACACAGCAGUUCACCUUCAGCGAAGCUCCUCCUACAAGAAUUCACAAAUAAAUGCUGGAGUAUUCCCACCAGACUUCAAGUGAAGAAGACAGAGUUGAACACAGAGAACAUGAGUGAUCCAGAACCCUGCAGAAUAAAGCAGGAAGAUCCUGAAGAACAAAGCGGUGAUCCAGAAACCUGCAGAAUAAAGCAGGAAGAUCCUGAAGAACAAAGCGGUGAUCCAGAAACCUGCAGAAUAAAGCAGGAAGAUACUGAAGAACUAAUAGACCUGAUUAAAGAAGAGAAAGAGAGUGAAGAACUGAGUGAAGCGGAGGAGAAACAUCAUGUCAAAACUGAAGAAAAGUCUUUGAGUUGCUCAUGGAGUGAAAGUAAUUUUUUAUUGAAAAGUGGAGCCAAAAAAUCAUUCAACUGCCCUCAGUACGGAAAGAGUUUCCCAAACAAACAAAGUCUUAAACGUCAAACGAAAAUCCACUCUGGAAAGAAGCCGCACACAUGUGAUCAGUGUGGGAAGAGUUUCAGACAAAAAGCAGGCCUUAAGAAACACAUGAAAAUCCACACUGGAGAGAAGCCGUACAUGUGUGAUCAAUGUGGGAAGAGGUUCAGUCAUUCAAGCACUUUAAAAUCACAUCUGCGUUCUCAUUCUGGAGAAAGACCAUUUAACUGUGAUCAAUGUGGAAAAAACUUUGUUGGGGCAGAUUACCUGAAGAACCACAUGAAAGUUCAUACAAAGGAGAAGCCUUACAUGUGUUCUUUGUGUGAGAAGAGUUUUAGUGAGUUGAGUUCCUUAAAAAUACACCAGAAAAGACACAGCGGUGUGAAGAAUUAUAUGUGCUUUGAUUGUGGGAAUAUCUUUUUUGAUGGUGGUCAACUGAAACGGCACCAGAGGAUCCACACUGGAGAUAAACCUUACAAGUGUUCACACUGUGACAAGAGAUUUCGUCAGUCAGAACACCUGAAAACACAUGAGAGGACCCACACUGGAGAAAAACCUUUCACAUGUGAUCAGUGCGGGAAGAGUUUUGCACGAAAAGGACACUGUAAGAGUCACAUGAAAGUCCACACUGGAGAAAAGCCAUAUCACUGCCCUCCGUGUGGGAAAAGUUUCACUUGGUUGAAUUCUCUACUCAAUCAUACUAAAAACAAAUGUCUAAAAUCAGAGUAAGCAUUCAUCUUCAGAUCCAGCAACGCUGCAUACUCACCAAAUUUGUCGCAAUGCAUCAAACAAUAUCUUUCUGAAUUAAUCUGCCGUGACCAGCUGCUACGAGAGAUGGAACAAAGAAACAUUAUCCAAAGUUGACACAGUGAACAAAAUGAAACUUUAUGGCCAGCAGUUUCAAAUGUGCAUUUCAGAUCAACUCAAGAUAAAGUUUCUCCUACAAGAGCAACUAAAAAAAACAAAAACAAUUAGUUUUUAAAUUAUGUGAGUGUGUGACACAAGAAAGCAUGUGCUGGAGAAGUGUGUGCAGAUAUCAGAGACGCAGUAAAGGAGUUAUGAUUCCUGUAUGUUUUUCACACGAUUAACCCUGAUUUAAUUUUUUUUUUUUAAAUAAAGUUGGAUUUAUCUGAUUAGUUUUGACAGUGAUCUGAUUUCUGCAUUUUAUUAGGCUAAAUGCUGUGUUACACUAAUCUUAGUCAUGUAAUUCUACAUCAUGUAGUUUAUUAUUAUGAAAUGCAGAUGCAAAAGAAGUAUUAUGAAUUGGUAUUUUCAUGUUUUACAUUUCCUGAAAGCUCUUUUAAAAUUUAAAUGCCUAAUAAGUUCACCUCACUGAAUGAGAUUGAAUGGCUGUCUGUCUCAUGAACUGUUUUACCUUUAAUAUUCAGCAUCAUAUAAAAGCCCAAUACUAAUUUUAAAGCAUUUAAGUCAGAUAAUGUGGAAAUUAACUUUAAUUAUGUGGAGUCAGAAAAAGAGCCAUAAGCAACAUGUGGUUAGCACAUUUAUUUGAAGGUAACAACCUGGACAGCUGAAUUAAUGUUCAGUGUUUGUCUUGUGACACCACUGUAGUGUACUACUCUGAAACCUUUUUUUUUUUUUUUUUUUUUGCAUACUGUAUAUAUUAUUUCCCACACUAUUCUUAAAAAAACACCUUGCAGUAGGUUAGUUUGCCACUCCGAACACAACCUGCGUCUCAAUCAGCUCCCUAGUUCCCUAGGUCGUGAAUCAGUAUAUCAUGAAAGUGAAUGUGGCUGAUUCCCUGAUCAGUGCCCUGACUACUGAACUAGGGGAGCUGAUUGAGACACACGGACAGCCAGUUUUUUGUUGUUGAUUUUCGCCGCGCAUUGAUGACGCCACUGCCUGGCGCCAUCACAGCGUUUAGUGUUGUGAUGUGAGUCUUUCUUCAAAUCUCCCUCUUGCUCGUUCUUUCUCCUCAGCCGUCAUACUCUAAUGCUGAAUCGUUUGUUGUUGGUGUCGGAUCGACUAACUUCCAAACGGUGUUUUUGAAAAACUACUUUACCCCUCCUUUUAAUAACAUUCUGCUUCAGUGAAGCUUCUUCCACAGCAAUUCACCAGUAAAUGCUGGACUAUUCCCAUCAGUCUACAAGUGAAGAAGAUAGAUUUUGAGAAUGAACAGUGGAAACAUGAAUGACCCAGAACCCUGCAGAAUAAAGGAGGAAGAUACUGAAGAACAAAUAGACCUGAAAGAAGAGAACAAGGAGAUUGAAGUACCGAUUGAAGGAGGGGAGAAACAUCAAGUCAAAACUGAAGAAAAAUCCUUGAGUCCCUCAUUGAAAAGAAAUGUCAAAAUUUGUUUCACUUGCUCUCAGUGUGGAAAGAGUUUCUCAUGCGAGCAGAAUCUUAAACUUCACAUAAAACUUCAUCGUGGAGGGAAGCCGUAUGCAUGUGAUCACUGUGAUAAGAUUUUCACAAUAAAAGGAAACCUUGAUGAACAUAUGAAAAUCCACACUGGGGAGAGUACAUACACAUGUAGUCAGUGUGGGAAGAGCUUCACAGAAAAAGGAAAAUUUGAGGAACACAGGAAAAAAUACAUUGUACAAAAGAAGUACACAUGUGAUCAGUGUGGCAAGAGAUUCCCAUAUAAAGGAAACCUUAAUGAUCACAUGAAAAUCCACACUGGAGAGAGGCCGUACACAUGUGAUCAAUGUGAGAAGAGUUUCACACAAAAAGGAACCCUUAACGAACACAUGAAAAUCCACACUGGAGAGAACCUGUACACAUGUGAUCAGUGCGGGAAGAGUUUCACACGAAAAGGAGCCUUUAAUGAACACAUGAGAAUCCACACUGGGGAGAAACCUUACACAUGUGAUCAGUGCGGGAAGAGUUUUGCACAAAAAGGAGCCUUUAAUGAACACAUGAAAAUCCACACUGGAGAGAAGCCAUACACAUGUAAUCAAUGUGGGAAGAGUUACACACGAAAAGGCGCUCUUAAUGAUCACAUGAAAAUCCACAGUGGAGAGAUGCCGUACACAUGUAAUCAAUGUGGGAAGAGUUUCAUAAAGUCAGGUGUUUAUAAAGUACAUCUGCUUACUCAUUCUAGAGAAAGACUACACAACUGUGACCAAUGCGGUAAAACAUUUUUUAGGGCAGAUUUCCUGAAGGACCACAUGAAAGUUCAUACAAAGGAGAAGCCUUAUGUCUGUUAUUUGUGUGGAAAGGGUUUUAGUCAGGUGAGUGCAUUAAAAAUACACCAGAAAAGACACAGCGGCGUAAAGGAUCAUGCUUGCUCUGAGUGUGGUAAGACUUUUUUUACAGAUGGUGCACUGAAAGUGCAUCAGUCAGUUCACACUACAGAAACACCUUACAAGUGUUCACACUGCGACAAGAGUUUCAAACGGUCGAUAUAUCUGAAAAUACAUGAGAGGAUACACAGUGGAGAGAAGCCACAUGCAUGUGAUCAGUGUGGGAAGAGCUUCAGAUUAAAAGUAACCCUUAAAGAACACAUGCAAAUCCACACUGGGGAGAAGCCGCACACGUGUGAAAAGUGUGGAAAGAGUUUUGCACAAAAAGGAAAUCUGAACAUACACAUGAAAAUCCACAAUGGAGCAAAGCCAUACACCUGUGAUCAGUGUGGGAAGAGUUUCACACAUAAAGGAAACCUUAACAUACACAUGAAAAUCCACACUGGAGAGAAGCCGCACACAUGUGAUCAGUGUGAGAAGAGUUUCACACUAAAAGAACACCUUAAGAGACACAUGAAAAUCCACACUGGAGAGAAGUCGUACACAUGUGAUCAAUGUGGGAAGAGUUUCAGAAAGUUUAGCGUUUUUAAAUUACAUCUGCGUACUCAUUCUAGCGAAAGGCUAUAUAACUGUGACCAGUGUGGUAAACAAUUUUUUACGACUGAUGCCCUGAAGAACCACCUGAAAGUUCACACAAAGGAGAGGCCUCAUGCAUGUUCUUUGUGUGGGAAGAGUUUUAGAGAGCUGAGUACUUUAAAAUUACACCAGAAAAGACACGGUGUGAAGGAUCAUGUUUGCUCAGAGUGUGGUAAGACUUUUUUUACAGAGAGUGAACUGAAAGUGCACCAGACAGUUCACACUACAGAAACACCUUACAAGUGUUUAGAAUGUGACAAGAGAUUCAAACGAUCAAUAUAUCUGAAAAUACAUGAGAGGAUCCACACCGGAGAGAAACCGUAUCACUGCGAUUCAUGUGGAAGGAGUUUUACUCAGUUAUCUUCUCUAAUCUUUCAUAAAAAAAAAUGCAUGUCUGAAAAUACAGAAAGUAGUUCGAGUUCUGAUCCUGUACUUCCAGAUGUGAUGCCGCAUAGGGCUGCAUCAGAAAUUAUAUUGACAAUCGAUUAAUCGAAGAUUAUUAAAAACAAUUAAUCGACUGAUCAUUGAUUAUUUCACAGAUUAAUCAGUAGGCUUUAACCAAUUAUCGGCUUCUGCAGGUAGUUAAAAUAUUGACUUAAAUAAGCUAGAAUGUUCUGUACUGUUGAUCAGAAUCUGUAGGCAUGAAGUCAACUGAUUACCCAUUUGAUAAUUAGUACUAGUGUUUCUGUAUUUUAAGUUAGCUCGAGGCUGGAUCCUCUUACUCAUUUUCUACGGCCUUUGGAUGUGUGGAGAACUUUGUCUUCAGUAAACUCUCUGUCAACUUCAA